AAAGUGUUGGACACUUUCACAGUUCAUUAUGAAUCACUGUAGAGCGUCUGGAAUAUGAAUGACAAACAUGUUUCACACGAUCUCGUUAAAAACAUUUUCUUUAUAGCAUUUGUCUGGAUUAUUUCUCACUCUUGUCAAAGUGAUGCGCAUCAAGAGAGACACAAUGUCUACUACAGGUUUACAGUUCUGACUAAAGCAGGCACAUUCCCUCCGUUCGAUGCUGUGGGUGUGUGCGAUGACAGACGGAUCAAACACUACAGUAAUGAACUCGAAGACUGGAUAAGAGCAAAUGUGAUUAAACAUGACAAUACCGAACCUCUUCAAGAACCACAUGAACCUAGAGACUGGUACAAAGAUCUGCUGAAGACUCUGUCAAACUGCACAAACCCACAGUGUUCUGAGCUUCAUGUUCUUCAGAGAAUAAUUGGCUGUGAACUGGAGAAACUUCCUGAUGGAACAGUGAAUCUGACUGUCUUUGAUGAAUAUGGAUUUGAUGGAGAGGAUUUUAUAUCCUUUAAUUCUGACACUAUGAAGUGGAUUGAUAAAAAUCCCAAAGCCAAAGAAACUAAAGAGGAAUGGGAUCUUCACACAGAACGCAACCAGGACCUGCAGUAUUUCCUCAAGAACUGUUCUCCAGAUGUUCGUGUCUCUGCGAGGAAAGCUGCUCCUGAUGAUCACAGUAAUCUGGUUCUGACGUGUCUGGCCACUGGUUUCUACCCCAGAGAUGUUCAGAUGAACAUUAGAUUGAACAGAAACAUCCUUGAGGAUCAAACAUCUUCUGGAAUCAGACCAAAUGAUGAUGAAACCUUUCAGAUGAGAUCCAGUGCAAAUGGACAUAAUGUGAAGCCUCUCCAAGUUUAA